AGCAGGAAAUAAACUGGUCGAGCUCGCUAUACAAUCUCUCAUCUUCGGCACUCAUUUAUUACACCUCCUGAAGACUUUCGCAAAACAUGAAGCUCAGCAACUAAAGUUGGAUGGUCAUUUCCUAUUUAAGAAAGUGGGCUUUGGACUCCUUUAUCUGUGUUAUCUGUUGUCUAGCUCAAACGCGGAAUGUUUCAGCGGAGGGUCUGCGUUCGUUUUGUAUUUAAACGCACACAGACGCAUUUCUUAAAAGAAUCUUUAUAAAGUCAAAUAAACUUGUGAUAAAUGGAGCGCAUUAGAGAGACAGCAACCAGUGAAGAGGACUGGAUGUCGUCUUUGCCAGAGAAACUGUGGGAUGUCCCUUUAACAAAUAUCUCAAUACCAGGUAGCCAUGACGCAAUGAGCUACUGUCUGGAUAUCACUUCUCCACUGCUCAGAUCAGAGUCAGAUACCUUCAGAUUACUGGAUAGAACUUUCUGCUGUUUAACUCGCCCAGCUAUUUACAAAUGGGCCACUACACAGGUGCAAAGCAUUGUGAAGCAACUUAACGCAGGCAUUCGAUACUUUGAUCUCCGAAUUGCCCACAAACAGUAUGAUUCUUCAAAUGAGCUUUACUUUACUCAUGUGAUUUACACACAUGCAACUGUUGUUGAAACUCUACAGUCAGUUGCUUCGUGGCUUGAAUCUCAUCCUAAAGAAAUUAUCAUCCUGGCUUGUAGUCAUUUUGAGGGGUUGGAUCACAAACGUCAUGAGGAUUUUAUCUAUUCUCUGAAGAAAAUCUUUGGCUGUAAACUGUGCCCUCGCAAUGAAGCAGUUUUAACCUUGCGCAGCCUAUGGACAUCAGGCUAUCAAGUUGUACUGUCAUAUGACGACCAAUCUGCAGUGCGCCAUAAGGAGCUGUGGCCGGCUAUCCCGUACCUUUGGGCCAACAAGCCUAACGCUGAAGCACUGAUCCAGUAUCUGGAAUGGCAGAAACAACUUGGUCGACCUGAAGGGUUCUUCGUAGCAGGCCUUAAUCUGACAACGGAUAGAUGUUUUAUUGCCUCGCACCCUCGGGUGUCUCUCCGAACUCUGACCAUGGAAAACUGGGACUGUGUGGGGAGAUGGCUGGAGGAUCAGAAACCAGGAGCUGAUUCCAAAAGUAUGAACAUCAUAGCGGGCGACUUCAUUGGACCCGUACCAUUCUGCUCGCUUGUUAUUGCUCUCAACAAUACACUGCUUUAGUCA